UGACGUAAUGGUGUAAGCCCCGCCCCCGGGCGGCUGCUCUUUACACAAGCUUCAGAUUGAAACCUGCAGACCGAAACCUGCAGACUGAAACCUGCACAACUGCUGGCGAUGGGGGUAACGAUUAAAGUCGAAUACUGUGGAGCAUGAGGGUACGAACCCCGCUAUCGGGAGCUCGCCCAGACUGUCAAGGGCGAGUUUCCCGAUGCGGAUUGUUCCGGCUUUGUGGGAAGAUCAGGCAGCUUUGAAGUUGAAAUCAACGGCCAGCUUGUCUUUUCCAAGCUUGAGACAAAGGGAUUCCCCUAUGAGGAUGAUAUCAUGAGCUCAGUCCAGGCUGCAUAUGAUGGGAAACCAUUGGAGAAGAUCACCAAAAGCCGGGCGCCAUGUGUCAUCAUGUAAAGCCUAAAUUAUGGUUCCGCGUUAAAUCGACGCAGAGCCUACGCCGUAGGGUACGC